GCCGCCGCCGCGCACCGUGAACGCGCCUCUCCAUGCGGUUUGAAUAAAGAAGGAAAAAGCAGGAAAAAAAAAAAUCAGCUGAUGAUGAAAAGGCUUGAAGCUGUUUCUGGAGCGGAGAGCAGAGACCGGUUUGAUUCCCUCAUCUGAAGCCGGUCCCGGUGUCCAGAGGUUCCGGUUCUCCGCUCAGCUGCUCCGUUCUUUGUCAGCCGGUUCACGCACGGAGGGACCCGGGCGGGUUUGUGGGUGUCUCUCUGAAUGAAGCGGCUCUACCGGGGAGAGACUCGGUGGUUUUUAACACGCUAAUGACCCGGGACCGUCUUAAUAUUUCUAGGUUUCUGCAGAACCGGCGCGGAUCGGGUUUAUUUCCUGUUGGAUUUUUUUACCACCUUUUGUUCGGAGCAAGAAGCGGCUGAUGCUGCUGUUCACGGUGAAGUCACACUGACGGAAGAAUCACCGGAUCAGAUCCUCGUCCGGUUUCCUCGGUCUUUUGUGUGGAAUUGAUCUUUCAGGACCUCUGUUAGACUGUCCCGGUUCUGUCCCGGUGUGUCCCGGGUUGAGGAGCACCAUGCCGGAGUGCGUGUCGGUGUCCGACUUCUUGCAGGAGGUUCAGGAGGACUGGAGCUCGCCCACCACCUCCUCCUUCACCUCCAAGAUGAUCAGCUGCAGGAACACCGUCUACCUGCUGGAGGAGGUUUUGGACAGCGACCGGUUGGUGUUGCAGAAGAUGAAGAAAGCUGCUAAAGCCAAAUACACAUCAGGACAAGACCACGUGUCUCACCUGGAGCAGUACAUUAAUUCGAUGGAGAAGAUGUCGGUCAACUGUCACUCAAACGGGGAGACGGAGGUCGGCUCUGCCUUCUGCCGACUAGCCGACUUCUCCAAAGAGCUCCUCUCGCCCAUGAAGAACCUGUUAAAGAGCAUGCUCCACAACAUCAACUUCUUCCUGGACUCUGUGGUUAAAGGAGACCUGAGGGAGGUGAAGGGGGAUCUGAAGAAGCCUUUUGACAAAGCGUGGAGGGACUACGAGAGCAGAUUUAAGCAGGUGGAGAAGGAGAAGAGGGAGUUGGCUCGUCAGUAUGGGAUGGUGAGGAAUGAGGUCAGCGGAGGAGAGAUUGCAGAGGAGCUGGAGAAGGAGAGGCGCUCCUUCCAACUGAGCAUGUGCGAGUAUCUGAUUAAAGUCAACGAGAUAAAGACGAAGAGAGGAGUCGACCUUCUGCAGAACCUCAUCAAACACUACCACAGCCACAACAAUUUCCUGCAGGAGUGUGUGUCCACCACUCAGAGCUUGAAGCAGUACAUGGAGGAGCUGAAUGGAGUUCUGAACACGGUGAAGCAGCGUCAGGAGGAGGAGAAGAAGCAGCUCGUGACUCUCAGAGAUCAGCUGAGGCCGGUCGUCAACACAGAGCAGGACUCAUUGCCGAAGCAGAUGUACAGUAUGCAUCAGCUGCUGGGAGACAAACAGUACGGGACGGAAAGAACAGGAUUCCUCUACAAGAAGAGUGACGGUUUGAGGAAAAUGUGGCAGAAGAGGAAAUGUUCAGUUCACAACUGUUACCUGACGAUCGCACACGCCACUCCUAAUAAACCUCCUACCAGACUCAACCUGCUCACCUGUCAGGUUAAACCCAGUGUGGAGGACAAGAAAUGCUUCGACCUCAUCUCUCAUAAUCGGACCUACCACUUCCUGGCAGAGGAUGAAGCUGAGUGUGUGGCCUGGAUCUCGGUGCUCAGUAACAGUAAGCAGGAGGCUCUCAGCGUGGCCCUGGACGGGGGGAGGAGAGGGGGAGGAGGUUGUGAGAGCAGCGUGGAGGAUCUGACCCGGGCCAUCACUGAUGACAUCAGACGGUUGCCAGGAAACAGCAGCUGCUGUGACUGCGGAGCUCCGGAUCCUGGAUGGCUCUCGACCAACCUGGGCAUCCUGACCUGUAUCGAGUGUUCAGGGAUCCACAGGGAGAUGGGGGUCCACGUCUCCAGGAUCCAGUCUCUGAGUCUGGACAGUCUGGGGACCUCAGACCUGCUGUUGGCCAGAAAUGUUGGUAACUCUGGUUUUAAUGAAAUACUGGAGGCGAACCUGCUGAGUCCAUCACUGAAGCCCUCCCAACACAGCCACAUGGGGGAGCGUAAAGACUUCAUCCUGUCAAAGUACCAGGAUGUUUAUUUUGUGAGGCGGAGCCACAGCUCUUCUGCAGCGCUGCGACUCAGCCUGCAGGAGGCGACAAAGAGCUGCGACAUCUACAGUCUGAUUCAACUGUACGCUCAGAGGAUGGAGCUGAGCCAGCCGCUGCACGCACACAUACAGGAGAGAGGGGAGACGGCGCUCCAUCUAGCUGUCCUAUUGGCUGACAGGACGUCGCUGCACAUCCUGGACUUCUUAGCUCAGAACUGCUCCGACGUGGACGCACAGACAUCAGCAGGAAACACGGCGCUGCACUACAGCUGUCUGCACAACAAGAGCGACUGUGUGAGACUGCUGCUGAGAGCCAGGGCCAACACACACAUGAAGAACGAGUUAGGAGAGACCGCUCUGGACGUGAGCCGCAGGUUGAAGCACGGCCAGUGUGAGGCGCUGCUGCAGAAAGCCCAGUCCAACCAGUUUGACCAUCACGUCCACGUGGAGUACGAGUGGAGGCUUCGUCACGACGAUCUCUACGACAGUGACGAUGACUUCGACGACAAGAACGGUCCGGUGAAGAAGGAGCGCUCCAUCUCGUCCUCCUCCUUCACCUCCUCCUUCUCCUUCACCUCCCGUGCCUUCAGCUUCAGUCAGUCCGCCUCCUCCGUCGCCCCUUCCUCCGCUGGAGUAGCCGGAGGAGGCGGAGGAGGUCUGCUCAGCGUCGGGAGGAGGCUCGCCAUGGCUAUGGAGCUCCACAGCCGGCCUGCUGGCUGCGCCACCAGCCCUCCUCCUCCUCCUCCUCCUCCGUCCUCACCUGCGCCUCCGCUGCCCCCCAGGGUCAAAGCUCCCAACGUUCCUCCCCCUCCGCCUCCCGCUGGGGGGGAAGGUUUAGGGGAGGAAGAGGAGGAAGAGGAGGAAGAGGAGGAAGAAGGGGAGGUCUUCUUCCCCCUGAUAGGAAACAGAAAGUUAACGCCUCCCCCUCCCAUCGCCGUCCGACACAAGAGGAGCUGCUCCGAGUCCAGCAAGCACGAUUACGGGUUGCCAACCAGUCCCAGGAUCUACAGCGGCCCCGACUCCUCCUUUAAGAAGUGUGUUCCAUCUUCUCCUCUCAGCUCGCUGAAUGAACGACCAGAAAGAGGUUUUUGGAGAGUAGACAGUGACGGUUGCUCCUCCCACUUCCUGCACCCUGUCAGAAAAGCCCCGCCCAACGGGUCUCCCACCAAUCAGCGAUCUCAGAGCUUUGAGAAUGACAGCCGACGCCCCGCCCCCCAGCCGCUUCCUCGCAGAUCAUUGCCUCGGGGUGCGACAAGCCGCCGGGUGGAGGCGCUGUACGACUGCCAGGCCGACCACCACGAUGAGCUGAGUUUCUCUGAGGGACAGGUGCUGGUGGUCCUGGGACAGGAGGACAGCGAUUGGUGGCACGGUUACAUAGAGGAUGAACCAGACCAGAGAGGUUUGUUUCCGUGUUCCUUCGUCCAGCUCCUCUCAGACUGACAUGAACCUGGUCUGCACCAGACCGGACCAGGAGCGGUGCAGACCCUGGACCAGUACAGAUCCAGACCACAUCAGUUAGAAUGGAGAACCAGAACCUGGAGCUGCAGGAGAACCACACCAGAUCAGUACUGAGCAGCUGCAGCUGAACCCCAGGUCAGACUUUCAGGUUCUUGUCCCAGGACUGGACUGAUCUGGUCCUGACCAGCUCCAGGAUCCUGUGAGUUCACAGGAUGUUGACAAAACUUUUAUUUAUUUAUUUUAAAUUAAAUAUAAUAUUUUAUUAAAAGCACUCAGUCCACUGGAGACACUUCACUUCAAAAUAAAACAAUCCACUGUACUUUUAUUUUGAAGUUCAAUUAAAAAAACAAAUUUUUUCUUCCGUUCUAAUUCAUUGUAACGUAUUUUAAUGUAAUUGAUCUGGUGGAGAUCAAUCAGCGAUUCUGUCCCAUCUCAGGCUCCGCCACCUUGGAGGGGCGGGGCUAACAAGGUCCAACAAGUGACCAGAGCACAAAGGAUUGUGGGAUACUAAAGACCAAAGGAUAAAUACCAGUCACACAGGUGACAUCAGAGGAGGCGGAGCCUGAAAUGGGACACAGCUGAUGCUUCCAGCUGCCUUAAAGAUAUCACCGAGCCUCAGUGAGUAAGUACAGCAGCAAAUUACUGCCACUGGUACGAAAAUGUAUUUGCUCAGUUUCUCAUUUAACAAGAUAUUUGACAUGAUAGCAUUUUAUGCUAUAUUGACAUAUGUUCUUGUUAUCACUACAUUCUAAAUAAUACAAAAAACCUUUAUGUAACUUAUCACAAAUCUUUUCUUGUUUUUACAGAAUGUAGCUCGUUAAAGCAAGAAAUGUUUGUUAUGAGAACAUAACGAGACGUUUCAUGAUCGAAAAAUAAAUUGAUUUGUGGUUAAUAACAAAACAGAAUAAUUUGGCAGAAAAAAGUAAUAACUUAACAAGUUUCACUUGAAACUGAGCUGAAUGUUUUAUUGUGGUGGCUGCAAUACACUGCCAUGAGGACGUUUGUACUUUUAUAGACGUAGAAAUCUGUCUGCAGAACUUUUUCUCACCUGGGUUUGAUUGUGUCAACAUUUACCUCCAGAGUUUUUUUAAAAUUAAAAACAACAAAAAAACACCUUAAAUAAUCUUUAUUUAUUUCAUUCAAAGUGACAGCGGUGGCUUCAUGUUUUGUUUAAAAUAUCACAGUCUGUUUGGUGACUAUGAAUGAAGGAAUCAACCGAUGAUCGGCAGGUUGUUUAAGUGAAAAGUGAAGCAUUUCUUUCUCUUUUAUCAACAGUCAGUUUAAACACGAUGAGCUGAAUUAAAGCUAUAAUAACUGAACAUACUUCAUGAUUGGUUGAUUAGAAUUAAUCUGCAUCCCUAAUGGAAAUUAUCAACAUUUCCAGACUGCAGGGAAUAUAAUAAGCACAACUUUGGAUUUAUACUUUCAUCAAACUUCAUUUCUUUUGUCAGUGUGAAGGAAGUAAAUCAUUUUGCAAAUUCCAAAAACCUUUCAUCCGGAUGUGAAGUCCACCUCAGGCCUCUGGAGGGCUGCUGCUCUGUCAUUUAAUGGCUUAACUCUCUUCAUAAAGCGGAGAACUUCCCAGUUUACGAGCAGGAAGUGUUUUUUUUCUGGAGAAGCCAACAAAAUGUUAAAUCUCAGCCAAAAAAACCCAGUAAAAACAGGCAGCAGAUGUUUCCGAUUCUGUUAACUCGGCAGUUUAAAGAGAGACUAUUGGACUUGUUCCAGACAAACCGGAUUAAACUCUAAACUGCAGCCGUGUUACCGCCAGACAUACGGCCUCUAGGUGAAAAUUCAGCAUUUAUGAUUAUUUAUCGAGGGCUUGGUCUGCCUCAAACUAAGUGCUCCCUUUCCAACUGCUGCAUCUAAUCAUAUUUGUCACCAUGAAGACACAUUUGUUGGACGGAGCUCCGGGAAGUGGUGGGUGGCAGCCAGGAUGAUGAGGCUUUUCAAUUUGCCGUCCAGCGAGGCUGUUGGGAACAACUAUUAACGCUUCAUAUUAGACGUUGUACCAACAUGUUUGUUUGAGGCAGACCGAGCUCUUUACGGAGCGAUUUCACACUGGAAAGUUGGUCUGAACAAAGCGGCAAAAUUUGGGUGUUUAUUAACCCGAUUCGGCCUGAAAAGUGGUGAUCUGCUCGAUGUCUGCUCAGUGAAAAAACAAUUAGUAAUCCCACUGGAAACCCCGACCACAUUUGUGGCAUUUUUAGCAAGAAAACAAGAGAGAAAAGACAUUUGAAGGACUCGCCGUGUGCGUCAGCGACACAGAGUUUAGCGACACAACUGGUUACUGUAUGUAUAGUAAUGACAUCAUAACCAUACUGACGUCAUGAUGGCUCGUUUAAAAGGCACAGUUUAAAUACGGGCUGUUUGAAAGUAUCAAAACAGUCAAUCCACGGAGAAAUACACAGUAUUUAUGUUGUACCUAGACCUGCUAUGUAAUCAAAAACAGACAUGGAAAUCUCACUUUCUACACUAUGGGAACUUAGUUGUACUUUUUGUGUAAAGUUAAUCUCAAAUCUAAAUUUCAGUGAGAUUGUAGAUGCAUUUAGUCGAUAGCUGUGUUACUUUGUUUCUUCCUACUUUUACCAGCAAAAACACGUCAUUGAUAUACGAGAUGCUGCUUACUAGUGCGAUGGGUCAAAGUUCCUUCAAUGCAUCGGAGGAUAACUUCUACAAAAUCAGGAGCUACAGUGUGCGAUAUCUUUCUUCAAAAUUUAAGAUUUUGCCAAAAAUAAAUAUCUGUGGUAAUGUUGAAAACAAAAUCCACCACAAAAUAUUCUGACUUUUUUUCCACAGUGAAAA